AUGCCUGAAUCAACAGCGAGCUUGGAAGCGGAGGAGGUUGGUGCGUUUCAGAGGAUGAGGAGGACGAAGCCAACGCAAACAGGGGAUAUACCAAAAGUUGUGGACAGAUUUUCGGAAACUGUGAAGAAUUGGUUUGAAGACUUUCUUCUAAAUUUUACCAUCAAUGGCUCGAGCACAGACUUGGAGGAUGGAACACACAUAUACAUUGAAAAAAUCAAGGAAAUGGCGGAAAAAGGAACUCAUACGCUUUACAUAGACUACGAACAUAUAAAAGAGGCUAACGAUAGUCUUUUUGAUGUCCUCAACAAGCAUUACUACAAAUUCGAAUCUCACUUUCGUGAGGCAGUUCAACAAGUGGCCGAAAAGUUUGUUCCUCAUUACCAAUACGAGAAUGCGGCCCCACUUGGUUUAAAUGUCAACCAGGCUUUUCUCAUAAAGCGUGAAUUUUCGUUGGCUUUUUACAAUUUUUCAUCACAGCUUCGUAUCCGAGGUUUGCGAGCUGAUAAAAUCGGGCAGUUGAUCAGUAUAAAGGGAACGGUGACUCGCACCAGUGAAGUUCGUCCUGAAUUAAUAAUGGGAACUUUCCAGUGUCAAGAGUGCAAGGCUGUUAUUACUAAUAUAGAGCAACAAUUUCGAUACACUGAGCCUCCUGUUUGUCCAAAUCCAACGUGUGCGAAUAGAUCCUCUUUCACACUCAUAUUCGAAAAGUCCAAAUUUGUCGAUUGGCAGCGUGUUCGGGUUCAAGAAAGUCCCGAUGAAAUACCUACCGGUAGUAUGCCGAGGACUCUUGAUGUAAUACUUCGCGAUGAAAUAGUCGAAAGUACCAAGCCAGGAGAUAAAUCCAUAUUUACGGGCACAUUAAUUGUCGUGCCUGAUAUCGCUCAACUAGGUGCACCAGGCGGUACGAUGGAAUUACGCCGGGAUAAUCGCGCGAGGGCGAGCGAAGGUUUCGCGAAUGCAGGUGUUACCGGUCUCAAGGCCCUUGGAGCACGAGAGAUGACAUAUAGGCUAUGUUUCCUGGCACGUUCAGUAGAAUCAGCCAGCACAAAGGUGAAAGCAUUUGGUUCGCACGCUAAAGAGGAAACACAGGAGAAAUUCCUCGAGUCUCUGUCUGUGGACGAUAGGAAUGAAUUGCAAGAGAUGAUAUCAUCUGACAAAGUAUAUGAAAGGCUUCUGCAAAGUAUUGCACCUAAUGUUUUUGGUCAUGAGAUUAUAAAAAAGGGGAUAUUACUUCAAUUACUAGGCGGAGUUCAUAAGACAACUAUAGAAGGAAUAAGCCUUCGAGGAGACAUCAAUGUGUGUAUUGUUGGUGAUCCAAGUACAAGCAAAAGUCAAUUUCUCAAAUAUGUCUGUGCCAUACAACCACGUGCCAUAUAUACGUCAGGCAAGGCUUCCACUGCAGCAGGAUUAACAGCUGCUGUUGUGAAGGACGAGGAAAUUGGUGAUUUUACCAUUGAAGCCGGUGCAUUGCUGCUGGCCGACAAUGGAAUUUGCUGUAUUGACGAAUUCGAUAAAAUGGAUCUCAAAGAUCAAGUAGCAAUACACGAAGCAAUGGAACAACAGACAAUCACACUUGCAAAAGCAAGUAUCCAUGCUUCCCUAAAUGCAAGAACGUCAAUUCUAGCUGCAGCAAACCCUAUCGGUGGAAGAUAUAAUAGAAAGUUGACAUUAAGACAAAAUAUUGGAAUGUCGGGACCCAUUAUGUCCCGUUUCGAUUUGUUCUUUGUCGUACUUGACGAUUGCAACGAGGUUGUUGAUGUAAGCAUCGCAAAAUAUAUUCUCGACAUGCAUCGUCGCCUCGAUGAUAUGAUUGAGAGCAAUGCUCCCUACUCAACAGAGCAGCUACAGCGAUACAUUCAAUUCGCGAAAAUGUACCGGCCGCAGCUUACUCCGGAAGCCGCCAAAUUGCUUGUGCGUAGGUAUCGCGACAUGAGACAAGAUGAGGCGUCUGGUUUCACUCGGAAUUCAACGCGAAUAACCGUCAGACAAUUGGAGAGCAUGAUACGAUUAUCAGAAGCAAUCGCUAAAGCUCACUCUCAAACUCGGGUAACUGCAGCAUUUGUGGAUGAAGCAUGCCAACUGCUACGCAAAUCCAUAAUCCGUGUUGAACAAGAGGAUGUGCCGUUGGAUGAAGACGACGAUAUUGAUCGCGAGCAAGAAGAUAGCGUAAUGCAAACAGAUGAAGCGCUUCAAAGCGGUAGUGGUACUCAAGAAAUCGUUUCCAUUGAAGAGGAUCGUGUUGACGGUGGAAAUACAGCGACACAAGAUAUGCAAGCAGCAGAUAACGUAACCACAGAAGCAGCCAAGAACCGUAUUACCGCUGAAGAGUAUUUCCGUAUCAGAAAUAUGAUUUUGGCACAUUUAAAGGCUAACGAUAAUGACCCCAUACGUGAAGACGAAUUGACUCUUUGGUACAUGGAGCAGCAGGAAAACGAAAUACAAACACAAGAGGAUUAUCAUAAUACCCGUAAGCUUUUCAAAAAAGUAUUAAAGAAGCUAGUUAAGGAUAACUAUCUAAUCAAACUUCAAGAGAGUAGUGAAGAACCGCAACAAAUGGAUGUAGACCCAGUUGGAGAGGGGCCCGCCGGAGAAGGAUCAGUCGGAGAAGGACCAGCCGGAGAAGGGCCAGCUGGAGAAGGGCCAGCCGGGGAAGGACCAGCCGGGGAAGCCGCCGGAGAAGGCUCAGGGUCACAGCAACCCGCAGUGACAGCAGCAUCAGAGAUUUCUCAGACUGCAGUAUUUUAUAUGAUUCAUCCUAAUGUUGAUAUUGAUAGUAUAUAA